ACUACGCACCAGCUAGCAAGCGGCGGGCUAGCCAGUUUUGUCUUGCCAAUCGAGGACGGCUGUAAUUUCUUAUGGCUACAAUGUCUGGAGGAUCUAACUUGGUGAUGGCGGGGACGAGUCAGUCUGGCACAGGAGCGAAUGCAAACCGAAAAAAAGAAGGGAUUAUAUCUGCUAGGUUCUGGGAAAGCCCGGACACUUUGAUCCAAUUGGACAACGUAAGACAGUGGAUCGGGAAGCAUUACAAAAAGUACGUGCUGGUGGAUGCUCCGUCCUGUCAGUCUCUGUCUGCAGUGACCUUACAACUUCUCCAGUUCCACGAGGAGACCUUUGGAAGGCAUGCUACAAGCCCUGCUCUAACAAAGCUGCCCGCACAAUGCUUUCUUGACCUCCGACCAGGGGGCGGGCUCUGUCACAUACUUGGUUGUGCCUACAAAUUUAAGGCUGAGCAGGGCUGGCGGCGCUUUGACCUGCAGAAUUCGUCACGGACAGAGCGCAACGUGGAGAUGUUCAGCACCAUGGAGAGGGCAUUGGUUCAGAACAACUGCCUGGCACGGCCUGUGGUUUACCUGGACACCGCGUUGGACCAGGAGCUGGCCAGCAGGCUGAGUAACGUCAUCAUCAAGCAUCAGGGCUCAGUAACCGAGGACCGAGCGCUUGCCAGUCAUCACCUUUACCCAUCAACACCAUCAUCAACAGACGAAGGUGAAUGGAUGCGUCCGAUCAUGAAGAGAGACACACAUAUCCUGGUGCACUGGGGAAUGAACCCUGAUAGCUAUGACAGCUGGCUGCCCCUGGGUGAGGUGGAGAAGGAGGUCGAAGAGCAGCCGCAGUCCGAGAAACCCUGGAGGGUCAGUACACGCUGGGUUUUGGACACAGACGUUUACAACGAGUGGAUGAACGAGGAGGACUACCAUGUGAACGAGAGACACGCCCCCAUCAUCUUCCGACAGAGGCUCCACCUCCGGGAGGAGCAGGAUCAGAAGUUAACCCCCCUCAAGAAGAGACGUCGCUCCCCCUCUCCUUCCUCCUCUGAAGGAAGGAAGAAAGGAAAGAAGGGACGGCGGCAUGGGCCACAGGAGGCGGUGCCAGAGGAAGAUCUGACCAAAGACAUGGAGGACCCCACUCCUGUGCCCAACAUGGAGGAGGUGGUCCUGCCCAAGAACGUGAACUUCAAGAAAGACAGUGAGAACACGCCUGUGAAAGGAGGGACAAUGGCCGACCUGGAUGAGCUGGACGAUGACUUCCCUGGACGGGAGGACGAGGAUGGUCGAGCAGACGUGUCCCACCUUUCGGACGUUGAAGACAACAUCCCUGAGCAGACGCACCACAUCAUCAUCCCGAGCUACACCUCCUGGUUCAACUACAACAGUGUCCACCAGAUCGAGAAACGAGCUCUCCCAGAGUUCUUCAACGGCAAGAACAAGUCCAAGUCCCCUGAGAUCUACCUGGCCUACCGCAACUUCAUGACGGACACCUACCGCCUGAACCCCCAGGAGUACCUCAGCUCCACCUCCUGCAGACGCAGCCUCACCGGGGACGUCUGUGGCGUCAUGAGGGUCCACUCCCUGUUGGAACAGUGGGGCUUGAUCAACUACCAGGUGGACGCCGAGAGCAGACCCCUCCCCAUGGGGCCCCCGCCCACCCCCCACUUCAACGUGCUGUCGGACACGCCCUCCGGCCUGGCCCCGCUGCAGCACAAGCCCCUGCAGGUCUCAGCCUCCCAGCAUAUGCUCUUCUUCCCAGAGAGGAUCAAAGAUAAGCCCACCGACAGCCAGAACUUUGGCCUCCGCAACGACAUCUACGCCCGGAAGCACCCUAAGAGUAAAGGAGCGAGCGCAGGAAGGGAAUGGGCCGAGCAAGAGACCCUCUUGUUACUAGAGGCCCUGGAGGUGUACCGGGACGACUGGAACAAGGUGUCGGAGCACGUGGGCUCCAGGACCCAGGACGAGUGCAUCCUGCACUUCCUGCGGCUGCCCAUCGAGGACCCCUACCUGGAGGACUCCUCCGCCUCGCUGGGGCCCCUGGCCUUCCAGCCCGUGCCCUUCAGCCAAUCGGAGAACCCCGUCAUGAGCACGGUGGCCUUCCUGGCGUCCGUGGUGGACCCCCGCGUGGCAUCGGCUGCAGCCCGGGCCGCUCUAGAGGAGUUCUCCAGAGUGCAGGAAGAGUCCGUGGAGAAAGCCGCCAUCCAGCUCGACAAGACAGAACCUCUGGACGGUGAGAAGAAGGAUAUCCGCCCCAACGCCGCUGUGUUUCCCCAGGCACCAGACGGGCUGAAGGGCGAGCCCAGCGGGGGGCCUGCCGAGGACAGCCGGGUGAAGACCGAGAAUGCCAACAGCAUACUCCCGGAGGAGAGAGAUGACAGGGGGGAUGAUGAAGACAGGGGUGGGGAGGGCCUCCAGCAGAGUGGAGGGAUGGAGCUGGAGCUGGUGGAGAGCAGCGUUGCCACGGCAGCAGCGGCCGCCCUAUCGUCGGCAGCCACCAAGGCCAAGCACCUGGCGGCGGUGGAGGAGCGUAAGAUCAAGUCCCUGGUGGCGCUGCUGGUGGAGACGCAGAUGAAGAAGCUGGAGAUCAAGCUGAGGCACUUUGAGGAGCUGGAGACCAUCAUGGACCGCGAGAAGGAGGCGUUGGAGCAGCAGCGGCAGCAGCUGCUAUCGGAGAGGCAGACCUUCCACGCCGAGCAGCUGAAGCACGCAGAGCUGAGGGUCCGCCAGCAGAGGGAGACACCGGCGCAGCCCGGGUUCACCAUGCAGCACUCGGGCUUGUCUGUGCCCGGUAGGAUGAUGCCAGGCGGGGGGAACAGCCAGCCAACAGGUCCCCGGCAGCCAGGGGCCCCCAACGGCAUGUGUGGUUAGGGGUCUCCUCUCCUGAGUCUUCAUAGGUUUUUAAACGGCGCCUUCGGCUUUUUAACCCCGACCUUCCACCUCCGCCACCUCUCCUGUGAACUGAACCGGGCAGAACAGAGGCUGUUUUUGAUACAUCUGACCAUUUUGUCUGGUUUUGUGGUGAUUUCUGAAGUUGUGUAUAUAGAUGUGGGUGUGUGAAGAUGUGUUGCCCAUUUAUUUGUAUUUUUUUGUCUCUGUACUGUUACAUAGCUGUCCAGACUGUUGGUAGAGAACGACAGAAUCUGGCCACACAUUUGGGAAGAUCUUCAAUUAGUAGAACGACGCAUUGCCGCAAGCGCUCACAAGGGGGCAGUGCACUCAACUUUACAGCCUGCCAUUGUGAGAAUAAGGACGCCACAGCUGGGGAUCAGAAACCCACACAUUUUCACUGGCAGAAUUUUUGGGUUUGUGUUUUGACUGAUAAGUGCUAAACAUUUCUGUGGAGAGGCAGGGCGGUGGAGAAGAACUAACAAUCAGCUCCCCUCAUUAAAAUUGUUUUAUAUGAAACCAA